AUGUCCCUGGCUUGGUUCCAGUAUGAUCUUACAUGCAACCUUUGGACCAUAGAAGUUUUCAGUUUUCCCAAGACCUCGGCUGUCACAAACAUGCUCUCUCUGUCAUUACGGCUGCCCAUUCGGUCCCUCUUCCACAGGGUUUCAGCACGUUUGGGGAGAGAGGGGCAGAUCCCCACAGAGACAUGCAGGCGAAGCCUCAGCAGCAGAGGCGGGUGGACGGGACAGGAAAGCCUGGCCCAGGACGACCCAGAGAUGUGGAGCCUCCUGCAGCAGGAGAAGGACAGGCAGUGUCGGGGUCUGGAGCUCAUUGCGUCAGAGAACUUCUGCAGCCGCGCUGCCCUCGAGGCACAGGGUUCCUGCCUGAACAAUAAAUACUCUGAGGGAUACCCCGGACAAAGGUACUAUGGAGGUGCUGAGGUUGUCGACCAGAUUGAGCUGUUAUGUCAGAGGCGAGCGCUUGCUGUCUUCGGUCUGGACCCAAAUCUGUGGGGCGUUAACGUCCAGCCAUACUCCGGCUCUCCCGCCAACUUUGCAGCCUACACGUCAGUGCUGCAGCCUCAUGACCGUAUCAUGGGUCUGGAUCUGCCUGAUGGUGGACACCUUACCCACGGCUACAUGACAGACAACAAGAGAAUCUCAGCCACAUCCAUUUACUUUGAAUCCAUGCCCUACAAACUGGAUCCUCAAACAGGCCUGAUCAACUAUGACCAGUUGGAAAAGACAGCCCGUCUUUUCAGACCCAGACUCAUCAUUGCAGGAACCAGUGCCUAUGCUCGUCUGAUCGACUACGCUCGCAUCAAGAAGCUUUGUGAGGAGCUGAAUGCCUAUCUGCUGGCAGACAUGGCUCAUAUCAGCGGCCUGGUGGCAGCUGGAGCUGUUCCCUCUCCGUUUCAACAUGCUGACCUGGUCACCUCCACCACCCAUAAGUCCCUGCGUGGAGCAAGGGCUGGUUUGAUCUUCUACCGGAAAGGCGUACGGUCUGUGGAUGCAAAAGGUCGGGAGGUGCUCUAUGACCUCCAGGACAGAGUGAACUUUGCUGUGUUUCCGUCACUUCAGGGAGGACCACACAAUCACGCCAUUGCUGGGGUGGCUGUCGCCCUGAAACAGGCUUCAACUCCCAUGUUCAAACAGUACAUUGCUCAAGUGCUUCUGAACGCAAAGGCCAUGGCUAAAGCUCUGCUGAAGAAAGGCUACACCCUGGUGUCAGGUGGAACAGACAACCACUUAGUCUUAGUCGACCUCCGACCACAUGGGAUAGAUGGUGCUCGGGCCGAGAGGGUGUUGGAGCUGGUGUCCAUCACUGCAAACAAGAACACGUGUCCUGGAGACAAGAGUGCCCUCACCCCAGGAGGACUCAGGCUUGGAGCUCCAGCUCUGACCUCUCGACAGCUUAAGGAGCCAGAUUUUGAAAAGGUUGUGGACUUCAUUGAUGAAGGAAUUCACAUUGCUCUAGAUGUGAAGAAGAAUACUGGAAAUCUGGCAAACUUCAAGUCCUUCUUGCUGAAAGACCCAGACACAGUGUCCCGCAUUGCAGAGCUCAGGCACCAAGUGGAGCUCUUUGCACGGCCCUUCCCCAUGCCAGGCUUUACUGACCACUAAACCCAAAUGAAAAGGAGACUUUUUUAUCAAUCACUGCAAUAUCCAGUAGAACUAUAUUGUAAAUAAUUCAGAUUCUUUUCAUAAUGUUUCCAUUAAUCACUGUAACAUUUACAUUUACACUAUGAUUUGAUAACUGAUGAUCUACCAUAUAAACAAUGUUAAUGGACACCAAUGUACCAGAACCAGAUCAAUAAAAACUACAAAACUCAGUCAAUACAAAUUCCAGGUUUAUUGAUCACAAGAAAGAUAAGAAUUGUGGUAAAUGGUAAAAUUGCAUGCACAUUUUCAAACAGCGUGUUUGGGAAUUAUCUCGUAUGUGUCACGUGAAAAUGUAGGCCGUGAUUUUGAAUGUUUGGAUGCGCUUCUUGCCGUCGCAUUGGUGGCAUAAGGCAGAUGAUUUAUGUUUGCAACUGGAUGUGGGAGGAACCCCUGCAGAUUCUAUAAACACUGAGCUGUUUGAAGCUGCUGGAAUUUCCUCCAGCCAUUUCCUCUUCGUAUCAACUUCAGGGAAUGGUCUUGAAAAAUAAAUUAAAAUCUGAUCCCUCGACAGUGACAAGAUGUUUGACGGGGAACAGAUAAACCAAGAGAUUUUUACUAAAAAGUUCAAACACACAUGUUUAUCACAGUUUCACUGCACGCCUUAAUUUGUUUAAUAAGACUUUGUAUUAACCUUUUAAGUCUAUGGGAGUCCUGAAAACAGUCAAUUAUAAGCACUAUUUGUCUUCAGUUAUGGAAUUGAUGGCUGAUUUAGUUAACGAUGUGGACACAUAAAAACAUAUCUGGCCAUGUUAGUGGGGCUUAAUUUCUAUGGGGAAGGGGCUAAACAAGACAAGGCAAACAAUAACAUAUCAUCAAUAGGGUUGAUAUUUUAGUGACACAGUCUCUUUAUGUGGGUCCAAAUCAUGCGAAUCUACUGUAAACUGUGAGAUACUUAAAAACAGUGCACAUUAAA